AUGUGUACUGGUUGUGUGCAGAAACAGUAUCCUGACAGGGGUCAUACCUGUCUGGAGAAUGGUUAAUAUCUUAUGAACUUCCUCGGCUGUGCUAACUGUCACCAGCGGGACUUUGUGCUGAUCAGCGACAGGACGAUGGUGAAUGAAGAUGAGGAGGAGAUUGUCACUUACCUGCAUAUGUGCAAGAACUGUGAUCAUGUCAUAGCCAGACACGAGUACACCUUCACUGUAGUGGAUGACUAUCAGGAAUACACAAUGUUGUGCAUGUUGUGUGGAAAAGCAGAGGAUUCCAUCAGUGUGCUGCCGGACGAUCCCAGACAAACAGCGCCUCUGUUCUAGAGUAUUUGACCAGACACAGAGACAGGGAAUUUACUUCUUUUUUUAAAGAGUAUGGUUAUGAAUGAUGGUGGGAGCCAUAACAUAUGCAACAUUUAUAUAUGCUUAGCGCUGGAGAACGAGAAUGCUGUCACGUUUAAUCCAGAAGAAUACACUGCAGAAUUCAUUGUGCUCUUUACUGCUUUAGGAAAGGCUCUAAGGUUCACAGCACACUGAGCACAGCUCUGACUCAUAAAGAUACAUGCAUUUGAGUCAUUCAGAAAUAUUAAACCUAAUUGGGAAUCACUUGUGUUUAUCUGAUGAUCAUCUUAUGUUUGUUUCACUCAGUGUAUGGAACCCCGUUUCUACCAAACAGAAAAAUAAAAAAUAAUAAUUAAAAAAUUUUAUCUCUCAGUUCAGACUUUUUAUUACAAUUUUGAGAAAAUAAAAGUCAGAACUGUGAGAUGUAAACCCUAAUUUCAAGAGUUUUCUGCUAU